GGAAAUCUGCCUUGGCGGACGGAAGUCGCAAUCCGCCAUUUUGAUUACGCUCAACGCUUCAAAUUCAAGUCACUCAAGCAUUUGCAAUUUGCAAGUCAAAAAUUAAUGGCCGCCGGUACCGACGCUAUUCGAGCGACUCUUUGAGUCGCGUUUUGCCAUUUGAGUACAAUAGUUAAUAACUUUAGGUUCCAUUUACUGCCGUUUUCUGUGUUACCGUAAAUUGUCAAUUUAGAUUUAAGAAUAUGGAUGGGCCGCCAAACCGAGGCUUUCGCGGUGGUGGCCGUGGAGGACCACCGGGUCUAAAUCAAAGAGGAAGAGGUGGAUUUGAUAUGCGUGGACGAGGCGGUCCAGGGAUGCGAGGUAGAGGUGGUCCUCCACGAGGCCUUCCUUUCCGUGGCGGACCGCGCGGUUUCCGAGGCGGUCCCAUGCGAGGUGGCGGCGGCGACAGAGGUGGCCGUUUUCCUCCAGGACCACAGGGCCCAGGCCCACACCCAGUUCCCACAAUUGAAUCACGUGGAGCACCGCCUCAACGUGGAGGAUUCAAUAACAGAGGUGGCCCUGGUGCCAUGAGAGGCAGAGGAGGUAGAGGCCGUGGAGAUUUUGGUCAACGAGGUGACAGGGGUGGUGGUCGGGGUGGUAUGCCAAUGAGAGGACGAGGUGGACGCGGCGGUCAUGGGAUGCCACCAGGUGGCCCUCCUGGCGGCCCAGGUGGUCCACACCCAGGUCCAGGCCCUGUAGGUCCGCGUCCUGCACCUCCCCAUGUUGCUGUGUCUGCACCGCCUAUGCAACCACAGCCAGCACAACCCUUCAAGAGAGGUGGUGGUCCACCUCACGGUGGACCUGGAGGACCGGGUGGUCCACCGAAAAGGCCUAGAUUUGAUGGACCACGUGGUGGUGGACGUCCUCCUCCACAAAGUGGAUAUCAACAGGCUGCUCCUCCACACAAUGCACCCCAACCAGCCAAUGGCUAUGGACCAUCGCACACUGGUUAUCAGCCUUACGAGCCACCAGCAGCUGAUCCAUAUGCCCAACCAUCAUACAACACACCCAGUUCAUAUCAAGGCAACAGUUACUCGACACCAGCCCCAGCACAACCAAGUUCUGGUUAUAAUUCCAGUAGCUAUGGCUCAGGUUAUGGAUACUCAACAGGCGGCCAAGGUGGUUAUGAAAAUGAGGGUGCAUACAGUGGAGGUGGAGCUGGUGGAGCUGGUGACGCAGGAUAUGGUGGCGCUGAGCCUGCAUAUGGUGGGCAGGCACCUGCUUAUGACUCUUAUUCUCAGCCCUCUUACAACUCGUACCAACAACCACAACCGCAGUACAACAAUAACUAUGGCAGUUGGUGAUCUGUUUGACUAUACAGAAUAUCAUUUACGUCUUUAUGGUACACAUUCAAAGUAAAGUAUCUGGAUCAAAUUAUUGAAGCUAAUGGAUGUACUACUAAACAUUGCAGUUUUAUUUAUACAUCAUGUUUUAGUUAGGUGAGAGUUUGGACAGAAUGAUAAAUAUUAUGUAAAUGACUGAAUGAGACCAUUGAGAAGAGACAAAAAGUUGGCUGAUUUCUUUUAUACAAUAAUAAUAAUAAAAUGAACUUGUUUCAAUUUCAUUACAAUUAUCUUAUAAUUUUUAUUUAUUAUUAGGACUCAUUAUUUUGCCAAGCAAUAUUCAUAUUAUGCAAUACUAACUGUAGCAACUUCUUCUUUGGCUCAUUUUUUUGUAACUGGUAUGUUGAAGUACCAUAAUGUUUUUAGAUUUAAGGACUCUAUUCACAAAUAAAAUAUGAACUAAUAUAUA